AUGGGGAACGACACGGCGGUCUCCCGCCUCCAGCAGGAUCAAGGAUCCGACGAGAAUCUGCGCCACCGCGAACUCGAUCAUAAGGAUAGCUCCAACGGGCCUAGGUCCGCCGAUGUUGGCUCCAAGACGGGGGUUGUCCGGCCGGAGCGGACCCCAAGAAGCGGAGGAAGGUUAAUCAUGCAUGUAUCUACUGCCGCCGUUCUGAACGCCCGUUCGAAGAGCGUCGCCGGGUCUUCAGUCAUGGAUGAUGCGGAACAACAACCACGCCGACCUUCCGGUCCUAGUGCGUCGCAGCAGCAACAGCAACAGCAACAGUCGCAACCACAGCAGGAGCAACGACGGAGAAGUUCGGUACCGGUACCGCCUGCCUUUGACGCUCCGGCGACGUCUGCUCCCCAUCCCACCUCUUUAGACCGCCGGCCAAGGCAAGGAUCUGAUUCAUUUGGAGAGGAUGUGCUUGGCGGCGCGUCGCUUCAUCACCUCGUGCAACAGUCGCCGCAUGCGAGGCUGCAAGGGAACCCGUUGAACGGAGGGAACCUGGGGCAAUUCGCCGGCGGUUUCCAUGACACGUGGUUGGCAGCGCAGAGCCAUCUCAGCGGCAUCCCCUACGGCAAUUACAUGAUUGCGCCCGAAGUUACGGACGAAUUUAACCUUCUAGACAACUUUUUGCAUACUAGCUUGCUCGAUGACGGUGGCCAGCUAUCUGAGGCCAACAGUGCCUCCAUCCCUAAUGCCCCCCAGUCGGCAGACCUUGCCGCAGCCUCGGCACCUGCCCCUCGCCCGUCCAUGACGACCCCAGCUGGUGACGACAAGGCUCGCCGAGAGUAUUACCUUCAAGCGGCUGACCCAUCUGGCAAUGCCACGCCCGAGGAACGUAUGCAGCGUCUGCUAAAGGCCAAGUAUGACGCCGGCUUGCUCAAGCCCUUUAACUACAUCAAAGGGUACUCGAGGCUGGGCAAAUACCUCGACCGUAACAUUAGCGCCGCCUCGAAGCAAAAGAUCCUGCGCACGCUGGGCCAGUUCCGCCCCAAAUUCCGCGAGAGGGCCUCUGCCCUGACGGAUAUGGAGCUCGUCAUUGUGGAGAUGUGGUUUGAAAAGCAACUCAUGGAAUACGACCGCGUCUUCGCUAGCAUGGCGAUACCCUCAACGUCUCCGCGAUCGCUUCACGAGAUCCUGACGGAAGAGUCUUGUGUUCGGUACUGGGAGGAGUUCCAGGCUAUCGCCUUCGAUCCGGAGCACGACAGCCUCCUCACGGCAUGUACGCUCAAGAUUCAAGACGCCAAGUCUGACGAGUCAAUGGUCAUAGAAUGCUCGUUCUCCUUUGUGAUAAAACGUGACGAGCACAAGCUGGCCGGAGAGGCGCGGGCCUGCUCGCGAGAGCUCGAGCCGGAGGCCAUUCACCUAUGGAACUUGUGCACGCGGCUGCGGCGGGAGAUGGACGCGGACGUCGAAGGGGAUGACGAUCAGAUAGCCGGGCCUCUCUCGGCAGACGUGAAAGCUUCAAAACGUGUGCUGCUGCUGCGGUGCCGGGCGUUGGCGUUCUUCGUCAUCGACGUGGCGCGGCGGCACGCGUCGUUCCUUCCAACGGGAGGAGACGGCGGGGACGGUAACGGUAAUGGCGCGGCUUGUGGUUGUCCGUCAUACGGGGUGGCCGACCUUCUCUACCUGCUGCGGCUGGCGCUCAAGGCGGCGAGGAGCUGCGUGGAGGCCGGGGAGGCGGAGCUAGCGCUGGCGUGCUUGCAAAAGGGGGCGGAUUAUGUGCGGGAGUCUUGGAAGGAGGGUAGAUUAGAUGUGGCGGAACACAUGUAUCGAAAGGCGGGGGAUGUGCUGAAAUCUCUUGAUGUUCGGCUCACGGAGAACCUGUGCGCAGUUCUUUUUGAGAUUGGGCGGGCUUCGUUGAAGCAAAAGGACUUUGUGCUGGCAACCAAAUGGCUAGGGAGAGCCUAUGAAGUCAUUGGAGGCCAGUCGCUUGAAGAUCUAUCUCGAGACGGCGUCGAGCUUCGGCUGGCGAUCCUGCAGGCCCUGAUCCAGGGUCUGGUCGGCACCGGCACGCCUGAGGACCUGGGUCGGGCCCGUGGGCUGGUAACAUACGCGGAAUCAGAGAUCGGGGACAAGCCCGUAGUCCUACUCAUGAGGCUCGAGCUACUACUGAGCGCCCCUGACGAGGUGUUUGACGCUCUCGCGUACGCGGACCUCUUGAGGAGGAUGGCCAGGGGCUUCAACUUUACCGAGCCACAUUUCAAGUUCAUGGUAUCCAACGCUCGGCGACUGUACGAGAAGAACGCGGUACUGGGCUGCGGCGUGAUGGACGAGCUCCUUGUAGGCAAGUUGCUAGGGUCCGGCAAGGCGGAGUGGGUCGAGAAGGCGCUGGCAGUGAGGGUCUGGAUGGCUAUGAGCCGUCCUAGCCCCUCGGAUGACACCGUAGAGCUCGGCGACUUGCUGGCUCGCGUUCGAGACGGGCUGGAGGCGCCCAUCUUGCCGACUACGGCGGCCACGGCCCAAUCCCUGAUCUGGAAGCAAGUGCAAACGACCUUUGAGGGAAAGCAGUGGGAGAUGACGGACAGGUGGUGUCGGCUCGCCGAGCAUGAAAUCUUCCACCCAGCAGGUCCGCAGAACCUUGUUAAGAUUUCAAGGAAGCGGAUUCUAUGUGCGCUGAUGCAGAACCGGUUCGAAGGCGCCAAGCAGCUCUACCUCUCCAUGCCGGAGCCUGGACGUAGCGAGCUAAUGACUCGAUAUCUCGCGUUCAAAAUCGCAUUGCGAACCGACGACCGCGAGCUCGCGGUCGCGUGCAUUGACGCGUUGAGUGGGCCAUCCGAGCAGAGCUGCGACUUCUUGUACGCCUGUGUGCUUGACGCGCAUAGCGUAAGUAGCCGGCGCUUCGCGGCGGCGGCGAUGAAGGGUCUGGUGGAGAGGUACCCGACUGAAUCGUCACCACGAUAUCAGCUGCACCUCCCAGCAAUGAUUCGCUGCACAAUUCGCCUGUUGGUUAACAGUUCGGAUAUUUCCGAUGGGGGCGGUGAGCUCGAAGGUGCGAGCCCCGAGAAGGUAGCGGACGACAUUUGCCAUAUGUUUGAGAAAGCCGCCUCCGCGAUCCAGGAUGCGCCCCGUGACGAGAAUGACAAGAAGCUGUUCACGAUCAAAGAGCUCGAUUGGUUCCACCAGAACGCCUACAAUAUCGGGGUCAAGAGGUGUGAAGCGUGGAAUCUUGGGUACACCAUGCGGAUCUUCCAAGCCUGCCUUUCGAUAAUGAAGCACUAUCCCCCUGAUAUACCUCAAGAAGACACAAAGGACUUAUCUCUCAAAGCCAUGUGCUGCCACUUCAUCAUAGUAGCCGCGCUUGUCUCAUCUGCGCGGAGCGAGGAUGUGAUUGACGAUAGGCAGCGCAUGUACUCGCGGGCUCGAAGACAUGUCGCUAGCUUUGAGUCGGAGCUCGAGAAGUCUGGCAGCGCCACGAUACAGCUCGUGCUCUCAGAUCUGAGGUCCAAGUUGGCGACGCUGCUCGUGUUCGACUUUGAGAGCGCGGUGGCUCUAGAAGAGUGGGAUGACUUGGCCGGGGUGGUGAGAAGGGCAGACUUGUGCAGAGACGCAAUCGCGUACAAGGCCAUGGCCGAUUGCCUGCUCGAAGCAGCGGGUGCGCCAGCACAGGCGGUGUUUUCGACCAUGAGAGUGGUCAUCAACCAGCUCUGGGCCCUCGAGGGUCUCAGCCUGGGCAAGCUGGCUAAGUAUAUUCGUUGCCUCUUCCAGAGAGUGCUUCCGUUGGAGGGAUCCAUGGCUUUCCAGCUAGCCGAGGAGGCUUUGCGUCUUGCUCAGGAGGCCGUUGCAUCGACGGACCGGCGAUUCCCUGACGAGGAGCUGGAGUGGUUGGCAGCCGUGUCGUGGAACCAUGCGAUGGACCUUUACUCGGUGGGCAAGGACGAGGAGUGCAAGAAGUGGGCGGUCAAGGCGAUUAACUUGGCGCACUACUGCGGGGACGAUAAGAGGCUGGAGAAGCUUUUGCAGACCCGGCUCGGUGCCUUGAAGUGGGAGGCGUGUAGCGGGUCGUGA